CAGACGAGUCUCUCUCUAUAUGCACAGUGCGAUAGCUUCUGACGCAGUGAGGCAGUGACAGCCAGACUGACAUAUGUACACCCACCCUCAGAAGGCAGUCCCGCUAUCGCUAGCCGCUGAUGUCGAUCCAUUCUAUGGCGCUCCCUGCAGGGACUGGCCUCUCCCGCCAUCCGCACCACCCGUCUUGUAACUGGCGAACAGCGCGUCGAUCUCCACCGAGUAGUCCAUUGCGGGCCCGCGGCCGCGGCCUUUGCUGCCCCGUGAUGAGCGCACAGAUCGCUGAGCCGACCCGGUGGCCGUCUUCUUCGCAGCCCGGCCCUUCUUCUUCGCUGAGGCCGCCGCAGCAGUGGGUGUGGUCUUGCUAUGCCCAUCUCCGUCGCCAUGCCCCUGUGCUCCUUCUCCCGCCUCUAUCGUCGCCCAGGCCUCCGCCUCUCCCCAUUUGCCGACCUGACCGGCGCCCUCCCCUGCGUCACCACCCGGCUGUCCCGUCCCCAUGAUCUGCGAAGCCUCCCGCUUCCGUUGAUAGUGGUUGCGGUGGCGACCGCGGCCCUCGAACUUCACACGCUCAGCGCUCUCUGACGGCCGCUUCCUGGUCGUGGAGCCGAGGCUGAGCAGCAGCGCACGGGCAGCAUCCGUGCCAGCCGGGGGAAUAUACAGGGAUGGCACUGCUGCCGCAGCCGAUGCACCGCCCGAUGCGCCACCCGAUGCACCAGCCGGUGCGCCACCCGAUGCGCCGCCCGAUGCACCAGCCGGUGCCGCCGACGAUGCAAAUGCAUAGGCCUGAUGCUGAGGGAUGCCGAACAGGGCCUCGGCUGCAGACCAGGUGGCAGUCGAGGGUGUCGUGGUGUUGUCGUGUUCUAAGAAGAGAGCCGCGGACGUCUGCCCCUCUCCCGCCCUUGGGAUCGGCAGGGAGAGCGCGCCCCGCUGGUCUUCUCCAUCCAUUCUCCUACACCAUCUUUCCUCUAUCGCCUCCCUGAGCUCGCACAGCAU